AUGUGCCGCUUUGUACGAGACCCUAAAAUAUACAUUUCAAAUGGUAACAUUAAAGGAACAUUGGAUGGCUAUUGCAAGCACUUUCAAGAUCGGUGGAAUGUGCUUCAUUGUUUUGGAGCCAUUGAUGGAAAGCACAUUGUGAUGAGGAAGCCCAUCAACAGUGGUUCUCAUUACCAUAAUUACAAAGGGACUGAAUCAAUUGUUCUUUUAGCAGUUGUGGAUGCAAAUUACACAUUUCGAUAUGUUAAUGUUGGCACACAAGGGAGGAUCAGCGAUGGAGGUGUGUGGAACAAAUGCAACUUAAAGGAGCUUGUAGAUGUAAAUGCUCUUGACAUACCUCCAGCUCAUUCUCUUCCAGGUCAAGACAUUUUCACCCCAUAUGUCUUCUUUGCCAAGGAUGCUUUUGGCUUGAAACCGUAUAUCCUCAAACCUUAUGGUGGAAAUGAUUUGACUCUGGAAGAACGGAUAUGCAAUUACAGGUUAGCAUUCAGUGGCUAA